CUUUACUGAAUUGAAUUUACAAUUAUAUCUCUUGACGGUGUUUAUUAAGAAUUUAUAAACUUCUUGGAUUAUAUAGCUCGAUAAUUUAAUAAAAGAACGUGUACAAGUUGUCAAUGCAGAUGAUUGUAAGAAAUUAUUUUCGAUGCACGCAAGUCAUCAGAAAGAGUACUUAUUGAAAGAAGCUCGUAGUAAUAAUAAAAAUCCUAAUUUAUAUAUGUAUAUAUUUCAAAAAAAUAUUUGAUUUAUAAAAUCAGCCGAAUGUCACUGAUUAUCUAAAUGAAAAUAGAUUUAUUGUGGAAAUUCAUUCUACUUUUCUGUUUGAAAAUGAACAGUUCCAUGUUUCAAGAUCAUAUCAUUAUGUGGGAUAUAAAAAAUGAAAUAUUUUCUUUAAAUUCGACAACUUUCAAUGUAAAAGAAGGCGACAAUAUAGUGUUCAUAUGCCCAACAGAUACACUAAGAAAUCAAAAACUAUUCUGGACGACCAACAAAGAAACAUAUGAAGAUUGUGGGGAGUCAAGUAAUUCACAAAUCGUUAAGCUUCUCGACUGCAAUCACGACCCAAAGAGUAUGGAAUUUAUUCUCAAAGUAGCUCAGUUUUCAGAAAUCCCUUAUUCUCCACACUUUCGAGAAAAUUACUACGUUUACUUUCUCGGUCAACGAGACUUGUGCUCUAUUUACAAUCUUCGAAUUGCUGUUAAACUUGUACCAAAUUCUCAUGUUUCUAGAGAGUCAAAGAUUACAACAUCUAAAACCAAAGAGUUUACCAGCAGUGACCAACAGCUUGUCAGUGAAGCUACUACUAAUCCGUAUAAAUUGGACAUAUCCAGAAAUCAGCCGUUAUCAGCGUGGGCACGUUACCGAUUUUUACUAAUACCCGGUUCGCUGGGCUUUCUUACUUUAAUUGGAAUUCAGGCUGUAAUCUGUGCAUUAUGGCAUCCAAAAAGACCUUGCCAGUGCCAAAAUUGUUGCACAUUAAAUGUUGCAAAUAAACCCAAUAAUGACACUGAAGAUACAACAGAAAUUUCUACAACACCAAUAAGGCUGUUAGAAAAUUCGUAUGUUGAAAGAUUUACAGAUAAUCACAAAAGACAUUCACUUGAAACAACUAUUAGAACAAUACAGCCAAGUCCGAACUGUCAGUUUAAAAAUGACCGCUAUGGUAGUACUCAUAAGAAAAGGUUGUCGGAAAUAACUGACUUUGUACAAGAAGAGUACAAAAUUGAAACAGAUAAUCCUGAUAAAUCCCCACCAACAAUACAACUGAUUACAAAUGGUGAUUUACCAAUACUAACGAUAAAUUCUUCACAAACUACGGUACCAAACAACAGUUAUAUUAAUAAUAAUGAUAACAAUAAUGUACAGUUUUAUACAUGUCCAUAUCCCAUUGAUGGUAACUUCACAUGUUUAGUUCCAGUGAAAGUAAACAAACCACCAGAUAUUUUUCCCACUGAACUGGUCAAUUUAGGGAGUGUAAUCAAUAUAUCCGUGUAAAUUGUGCUCUUUUUGUUACAUCUAUGUUAUUUUUUGUUUCAUCAUACUGAUAAUAUCAAUCACUAAUAAUUAUGACCAUGAUUCUCAUCAUUAUUCUUGUAUUUAACAAAAUGAUGUAUUUUAUUCACUUGUGAUUUUUAUGCAAGAAAGGCUGUGACUACUUGUUUUUACUGGGUACUGAUGACUGUUGACUUUUUUUUCAGAAUCAGUUAGAACUUGUAUCCGCUAUCUUAUACAGAAACUGCCUAAAUAAUAAGAUCAUCGGUAUU